GCCACAAAACAAACCAGUAUCAAUGAAUAUUGUGAUUGUGUUCACGCUGUCAGCAUCCGGCUCAAGUAUUUACUCUACGUCGUCAGCAUGGCGGUCUUUGUUUCUCAUUUACGAAUUGCCAUCUGCCUCUUUUGGACAGUCUCUACUUUUGCUUAUGACGCCGUUGCAGAUACCAAACCUGCUGUGACUACCGUUGCUGAGACGGAGGCAGCAGGCGCACCACUUCAAAGUGCAGAGGUUCGGCAGUUGACGGACGAAGUCAUAGACCGUAUUGCCAGUAACGAGGUUACCUCCGAUUAUGCCCAAUACUUUACUUUCGAUGUUAACGCCGUCAACGCAACUGGUAGUCUUGUAGCUACCGCUUGCAAAGUCUUCCCCGGCGAUAAGGACUGGCCAAUCGACAAUGUCUGGGAUGUCUUCGACGCUCUUCUGGGAAAGGCUCUGAUUCCUACCAAGCCUUUAGGGUCUCCUUGUUACGACUCUCGAUGGGGGCCGAGGGAUGAGGCCGAGUGUUUCAAUAUCAUCACAAACCUGACAAACGCCAACUUUCUCAGCGCGGAUCCUACAGCCAACUACUGGCCCAUAUUCCAGGGUCGUACGUGCAAGGCAAAGAACGACACUUCAGGCUCAGAGUGCACCAUCGGGGGAUAUCCAGAAUAUGCAGUCAACGUUACCAACGUCGCCCAGAUACAGCUCGCCGUAAACUUUGCCCGCAAGACUAAUAUGCGCCUGGUGAUCAAGAACACCGGCCACUGCUACCUUGGAAAGUCUCUAGGUGCUGGUGCGUUGAGCUUGUGGAUGCAUAACAUGAAGGACAUUGACUUCUUGCCCGACUACAAAGGCCCAGGAUACUCUGGCCCAGCACUGAAGUUGGCUGCUGGCGUGAGCGUGAGGGAGGCGUACGAGGCAGCUGAAAAGCACAAUGUUACCAUCCUGGGUGCCGUAUCUUGGAGCGUGGGCUACGCUGGCGGCAUGAUCACCGGCGGAGGCCAGAAUCCCCUCGCCGGCAUAUACGGGAUGGCCGCAGAUCACGUCGUGGCCUUCCAGCUAGUGACUGCCGAUGGCCGGCUGCGAACCGUCUCUGAAGAUGAAAACCCCGACCUGUUUUGGGCUCUCCGCGGCGGCGGCGGCGGCACGUUUGGGGUCGUCGUGUCGGUCGUCAUCCGCGCGCACCCAAAGAUGAACGUGGUGACGGCCAAGUGGACGCUCGACACGUCCAACAACAGCAACGACCAAUUCUGGAAGGGAGUGAGAAAGUUCUACGACGAGUUCCUCAACUGGACCGACGCCGGCCUCUACUCCUUCUACAUCAUGUGGCCCACGCCACAGCUCAGCAUGAACUACAUGUUUGCACCGAACCAAACGCUGGAGUCCUACAACCGGGUGGUGCAGCCCUUCUUCGACUACCUCGACGCGAACAACAUCUCCCUCUCGGCACCCCACCAAGCCACACCACACACAUCCUUCUACUCAGCAUACCAGGCAACAUGGGGCGGCAACCAGUUCCCCGUGGGCAGCGACGGGUCCCUCCCGGCGAACCGCCUGGUGCCGCGCCGCAACUUUGUCGAAAAGUACGAGGAGACCUACACGCUGAUAAAAUCCCACGUCUCGUCCGGGAAGCACUUUCUCGGAUACCACAACGCGCCCGGCAACGCCGCCGCGGGCGUCGGGAACAGAGACAACGCCGUGAACCCGGCGUUUCGGGAAAUGGUCUUGUUCCUCGUGACAUCUUCGAACCGCACGGCCGACCACUCGACGCCGGCCGCGCUGGCGGUUCAGAACAGGUACCUCCAGGAGCAGGUGCUCCAGCCGUGGCGAGAUGUUGCUCCCGUGGCUGAGGGGGGCGGCACGUAUUUGAACGAGGCCAGCGUCGGAGAGGUGGAUUGGAUGGAGAGCUUCUACGGGGGUCACUACCCCAAGCUUAGCCAGAUCAAGAGGAAGUGGGAUCCUAAUGAUGUUUUUUAUGCCGUCACUGCGGUUGGAAGUGAGAGGUGGGUGGUCGAAGAUGGGGAGCAGGGGGUGCAGACGCAGAAUGGCAGACUGUGCCGCAUCCGGCAUUGAUGAUGAUGAUAUAUAUAUCCCCAGUCCAUACAUACUUGAUUGACCGGGAAGCUUGCACAGGAGUUGAUGAACUUACAAGCAUUGAACCAAUAUUGAUUAACGUCUCGCCUCGUUUUCAACACAGCAGGCAUAUAUGUCAUUGUCAAUAAAAUAUUUAAACUGCCAG